AACAUCUGUUCUCUUUAGUGUCCAGAGUUCAAAAGGCCCAGGGGCAUUGCUGUGGACUGGGUGGCUGGCAACGUUUACUGGACUGAUCACUCCCGAAUGCAUUGGUUCAGCUACUACACCACUCACUGGACCAGCCUGAGGUACUCCAUCAAUGUGGGGCAGCUGAGGGGACCCAACUGCACCAGGCUCCUCACCAGCAUUGCAGGAGAGCCAUAUGCAAUUGCUGUGAAUCCUAAAAAGGGGAUGAUGUACUGGACAGUUAUUGGGGAUCGAUCUCACAUAGAGGAGUCAUCUAUGGAUGGCACUCUGAGAAGGAUACUGGUUCAAAAGAACCUGCAAAGACCUACAG